CUUCAAAUGGUAUCUGCAGCAGCCGGACAUCAUGGGAGGUUACCACACCAUCAAAGUGUCCAAGCUGGAGAAGGCAGAGCGGCGGGACACAGUGGAUCUGAUGGUGCAGACCUGUGGAUUUCAUGGAGCUCUGGAGGUGACCAGGAAGGUUUUAGAGAAGAUAAACAGGAACGAUCUGGUGCAGAGUCUGUCGGACACCAGCUCAGCAACAGAAGUGAAUGUCAGUGACGUCGGAGAGAACAGACGAUCGUCCUCCUCUCAGACUGAAGAUGUGAUUGUUCCAGUACCAGAGCCACAACCCAUUUCAUUUUACCAACAACUGCUUCAAUCAAACCUCCAGGAUACGUUUAUGUGUGCACGGGAGGGGUGGGCACAGAAGAAGGAUGAGCAGCGUCUGGAUGAUAUCUACACACAGGUGUACAUCACAGCUGGGGGCGACACACACAUCAACACACAGCACGAGGUCAGGCUAAUUGAGAACGCUGAGAAACCAGCAGAAAUAGAAAAACCAAUCAAACCUAAUGAGAUGUUCAAACACCCCACUGGAAGAUAUAAACCCAUCAGAACAGUGCUGACCAGUGGGAUUGCGGGAAUUGGCAAAACAUUUCUUGUGCGCAAGUUUGUGUUGGACGUGGUUGAAGGGAGAGCCAAUCAAGACGUGCAGCUCAUCUUCCUGUUUACUUUCCGCCAAUUAAAUUUAUGGAGGGGACAAAAGUUUUGUUUGGCAGAGCUCAUUCAUGAAUGUAUCAGAGAGACCAGAGACAUCAAGGAGGAAGCUCUUAAUCACAUCUUCACAACUCUGCAGUCGUCAGGAAACACCAACUACGACAAGAGUAAAUUCAAACUCAUGUUUGUUUUGGAUGGUCUGGACGAGAGCCGCCUAGAACUGGACUGCUCCACCAGUAAAAACCAGAACCCAGACUUUGAUGUGACCGCGUCGACUUCAGUGGACGUGCUGCUGACAAACCUCAUCAAGAGGAAUCUGCUUCCCUCCGCUCGCCUCUGGAUAACCACACGACCUGCAGCAGCCAAUCAGAUCCACUCUGACUUCAUUGACGUGGUGACAGAGGUCAGAGGGUUCACUGACCCACAGAAGGAGGAGUACUUCAGGAAGAGGUUCAGAGAUGAGGAGCAGGCCAGCAGGAUCAUCUCCCACAUCAAGACAUCACGAAGCCUCCACAUCAUGUGCCACAUCCCAGUCUUCUGCUGGAUCACUGCUACAGUUCUGGAGGAGGUGUUGGAAACCAGAGAGGGAGGAGAGCUGCCCAAGACCCUGACUGAGAUGUAUGCAGAGUUCCUGGGGUUUCAGAUUCAUCAGACAAAACAGAGACAUGACCAAAAAAAGUGCAUUCAGUACAUUAAUUCAUUGGCAAAACUCGCUUUCCACGAGCUGGAAAAGGGCAACUUGAUCUUCUAUGAGAAGGACCUAAUAGAGAGCGGCGUUGAUGUGAGCGGAGCGUCGUUGUGCUCAGGAGUGUUCACAGAGAUAUUUAAAGAGGAACGUGGGAGGAGGAAUGACGCAGACAAGAUGUUCAGCUUCAUCCAUCUAAGUGUUCAGGAGUUUUUGGCAGCUCUCUAUGUGGAGACGGGGCUCCUUAACAGAAACAAGAAUGUUUUGUCUGAGCUGGGGCAAACGUGUGGUGAACAGGUGAGAAUGAUUUUCAGCAGAUCAUCUAUGACAAAAGUCCACGCGUUUGCUAUCGACAAGGCAUUGGAGAGUCCGAACGGACACCUGGACCUGUUCCUCCGCUUCCUCCUGGGUCUUUCGCUGCAGACCAAUCAGACUCUCCUACGAGGUCUGCUUAAAAAGCAAAGAAGAUCACAGACCAAUCAGGAAACAGUGAAGUACAUCAAGAAGGAGAUCAAUGAGAAUCCGUCUCCAGAGAGAAGCAUCAACCUGUUCCACUGUCUGAAUGAACUGAAUGAUCGUUCUCUAGUGGAGCAGAUCCAACAGUCCCUGAGAUCAGGACGUCUCUCCACAGAUAAACUGUCUCCUGCUCAAUGGUCAGCUCUGGUCUUCAUCUUACUGUCCUCAGAAGAAGAUCUGGACGUGUUUGACCUGAACAAAUACUCAGCUUCAGAGGAGGCUCUUCUGAGGCUGCUGCCAGUGGUCAAAGCCUCUAACAGAGCUCUGCUGAGCGGCUGUAAUCUGUCAGAGAAAAGCUGUGAAGCUCUGGCCUCAGUCCUCAGCUCCCAGUCCUCUAGACUGAGAGAACUGGACCUGAGUAACAACGACCUGCAGGAUUCAGGAGUGAAGCUACUGUCUGGUCUGAAGAGUCCAGACUGUGCACUGGAGACUCUCAGGUUGAAUGAAACUGGGCUCACAGAGGAUUGCUGUGAGCAUAUCUCAUCAGUUCUCAGAUCCCAGUCCUCUAGACUGAGAGAACUGGACCUGAGUAACAAUGAUCUGCGGGAUUCAGGAAUGAAGCUGCUCUCUGCUGGACUGGAGAGUCCACACUGUACACUGGAGACUCUCAGGUUGAAUCAAACUAGGCUCACAAUGGAAUGCUGUGAGCAGAUCUCAUCAGUUCUCAGCUCCCAGUCCUCUAGACUAAGAGAACUGGACCUGAAUAACAAUGAUCUGCGGGAUUCAGGAGUGAAGCUGCUCUCUGCUGGACUGGAGAGUCCACACUGUACACUGGAGACUCUAUGGUUGAAUCAAACCAUGCUCACAGAGAAAUGCUGUCAGAAUUUAGCACCAGUUCUCAGCUCCCAGUCCUCUAGUCUGAAAGAGCUGGACCUGAGUAACAACAAUCUGCAGGACUCAGGAGUGAAGCUGCUCUCUGCUGGACUGGAGAGUCCACAGUGCACACUGGAGACUCUCAGGUUGUCAGGCUGUCUUGUCACAGAGGCAGGUUGUUCUUCUCUGGCCUCAGCUUUAAGAUCCAAUCCCUCCCAUAUGAUAGAGCUGGACCUGAGCUACAAUCAUCCAGGAGACUCAGGAGUGAAGCAGCUGUCUGCUGGACUGAAGGAUCCACAAUGUAGACUGGAGACUCUCAGGUUGGAGCAUGGUGGAGAGCAGAGGCUGAAACCUGGUCUGAGGAAGUACGCCUGUGAACUCACACUGGACACAAACACAGUGAACACAAACCUCAAACUGUCUGACAACAACCGGACGGUGUCGAUCGUGUCAAAGGAGCAGCCGUACCCUGAUCAUCCGGACAGGUUUGACCUGUGGCCUCAGCUGCUGUGUAGAGAUGCUCUGACUGGACGCUGCUACUGGGAGGUCGAGUUGAAUCGAAGAGUUUAUUUAUCAGUGACCUACAGAGGAAUCAGAAGGAAAGGAGACGGUGAUGACUGUGCGUUUGGACAAAACAAUCAGUCCUGGAGUCUGAUCUACACUGAUGCCGACGGUUACUGUGCCAGUCACAACAAAAGAGCAGUUCGCAAUUCCUCCUUAUCUGGCAUCUUCUCCCCCCUCAAAAGAACAGACCUCCCUCCUUCCUCCUCCUCCUCCUCCGUCUCUAACCGAGUAGCAGUGUAUGUGGACUGUCCUGCUGGCACUCUGUCCUUCUACAGAGUCUUCUCUGAUGCACUGAUCCACAUCCACACCUUCAACACCACCUUCACUGAACCUCUUUACCCUGGGUUCAGGUUUACACUGCAUUGUUCUUCAGUGUCCCUGUGUUCACUGUAGGAAAGAAAACACUCACACUGCUGACAAAACACACACGAACGCUUUUCGUAAGUCAUAAUAUAGUUGCUCAUAAUUACAAGGAAAUGUGUCAGUCUGUUCUCACAGGACAAAGAAAAAGCAGCAACAUGCCCUCUGAGGUGGCCCCACAGCAGAGCUAACAUGAUGCCCUUUAAAUGAAGAAGAUUUAGGUCGUUCUCCCACCUGCACUUUUUAGUCCAGUUAAACCGAACCCUGGUUGGUUUUCCCCCUCGGUACGAUUUGUUUGUUCAGGUGUGAAAACAAUAAUCGCUCUCAGGUGAGGACCAACACAAUCGCACCAAGACCCUUUCAAGGAGGUGGGCUUGGUCCGGUCCCAGAUGAACUCUGGAGCAGUUUAUUUUUGGUGUGAAAGAGCUCUGAACUGGAUCUGACUCCACCAGCAGGUGAACCCACAAGUUUCAUAUUGAUGGUUCCUGUAACCUUCUUCCUGUGUUUAUUCCUGCUCCAGACAAUCUGACAAUCUGAUGAAGGAACGUGUU